AUGUAUGGCCAAGCGAGACAAAAGCAGAUGGAGAUGAUUUUGAAAUCACUUCGGAGUGUGAGAGAAAUCAACACAAGCGCUGCAGCAUCUUUGAUUUCUUCGUUGCAAGAGGAUCUAUGGGAUCCGGAGUCUUUGCUUAGCAUCAAGACUGCUAUAUCGGAGAAGACCGAUGCAGCGGAGGUUUCGCAGCAGCGGCGGCAGCAGCAAGAUUUCUUGGAGCUGCCUCGUUAUCUCACGGAAGAGAUGUGGCGAUCAACUGCUGGAACCCAACACAUCUCCCGCCUUAGACUCCCCAGUGAGAUGACCGUGGCGAUGAUUAUCACACUGGCGUACCAGACGAAGGUGCCAGGCAUGACUGGGCAUGAAAAGUUUAAAUUACUGGAAAAGAACAAGCCUGUGAUUAAGAAGCUCCUGAGCGGUUCUGCCCCCCGUGUGUUUUUGACUACCUUGCCUGCUGCGUUGGAGGAUUUUCCGUGGGAGUUGAACGAAGUUGCUUUUCCGGCGGGGACAGCGCCAGCGCCACAGCCGCUCCACAUGGACUUUGGCCGUGUUGCGCGUUCUUGGCCAAUGCGUUGGUCCAACAGGUUGGCUGCAGCAGGUUCGACCCCGGGUGUUUUGGACCGGCCAGACCACAGCGCACAGGAGGCGACGCUGAGUAGAUUGGCAGAGGCUGUUGCGUCGACCGCGCAGCUGGCCGUGCAGGCGGUUGCAACCAAGCAGGCGGCAACAGAUCGGCGGCCUUCGAAUGUGAGCACACAGUCUGAUUUGGAGCCAGUGCUUGCAUUGGAGGACAUGGACCGCACUGCAGGUGCAGGCGCAGGGGCAUUGGAGGACAUUGCCCCGGAGGAGGUGCAGGAGGCAAAGGUUUCGACCAAUGUGCCAACCGCUGCAUUGUCUGCAGUAGAACAGCAGUUGCUUGACUUGCAGAACAGCGUGCGGCCUGUCCUCAAGCGUCCUUCUGGCGCGCUGAAGGAAGAACCGCCAGCUGCUAAAUCUGGUUCGGGCAAGACGCUGAAGAAACCUGCUGCGCAGCAAGCCAAGGAGAAACCGAGGCCCAAGCGCGGAGUACUGGCUAAGCCUGCGGCUGCGCUGGACCGCCGCGGUCAGGGACCCGACACCAAAAAGCGUUUUGCGUCAAGGGCAUACUUUAAG